AUGUCUGAAUACAACGACAGCAACCGCGCCUUUCUCCAGGCGUUCAUGGCCCGCUCAUCUAUGACUUUUGAAGAUGCACAACCCAUCCUGGCUGCGAUAUUGACAGUAUCUGAGGAACAAACGGUGGAUCCCGAAGAUAUUACCGAAGAUCGGUUCUUGGACUAUGUGUCGGCGGCUAAUACUGCGGUUUCACCGUUCGACCUAGAGAUCAGAAGCUCUUUGCCUCAAGCCCCACAGCCAAUCCAGACAGAUGACACACAGCCAGCACCAGCGCGAGUUUAUGCGCUUGUCAACACUACAAGUGAUGCUCUGACGCAACUUGCGACGACUUAUUCCCCAGACGAGAUCGCCUUCGUCAAGCGGUUGCUCGACUAUAUGUUCGACACAAAUAACACCCGGUUAUUUGAAGGCAUGGCGGCCUCACAGAUGCAAGCAGUUGGACUACACAAAGCUCCAUCGAGCGGUCGGCUGUCCACCAGUAACGACUCAACACAGACCCAAACCGCAGCGGUCCAGUCAUUACGCAUGACUCAAGCAGAAACGCUGAUUAUCCGCUUGAUCGAAGAGGGCUGGCUCCAGAAGAGCCGAAGUGGAUAUCUUAGUCUCACACCACGAGCGCUGAUGGAGUUGCGGGGCUGGCUGGUCCUGACGUAUAACGACGAGAAUUACGAUGGCCGAGUCAUGGAGCGUAUCAAAUUUUGUGCUGCCUGCCAAGAGAUUAUCACUGUGGGCCAACGCUGUGGUGACCAUGAUUGCAACGGUCGACUUCAUAACCACUGCAUGCGCAACUUCUUCCGUAUGCAGCAAGCAGAGAAGUGCCCAGUAUGCAAAGAAGAAUGGCCCGGUGAUAUGUUUGUGGGCGAGAAAGCGAUCACUGUAAACGCAAGGUCGAGCAACGCUGUCCCACAGCGAAGCCAGAUUUCGUCGGCUGCUCCUAGUGAGCUUCGCGAAGAUUCCGGCGACGGAAACAACGCCACUGAAGGCUGA